CGGUUCCAACGGUUCCCCAGAAUAUGCUCACUCGAUAACUCUCUUCUCUUGCUUAUUUUGUCUUUUUGAUUCCCCAUUUUGUCUUAUUUCAAGCAGCAUACUAUCAUCGACCCUACUUUCAUUCAGCAUAUCACAAUGCCACAUCACACCCUCACACGGGACGAAGUCUCCAAAAACAACACUGAGGAAUCACUCUGGUUCAUAAUCGACAGUAAGGUCUACGAUGUCACCGAGUUCGUCGAUGCCCAUCCAGGUGGAGAAUCGGUCUUAAAGCAAGUUGCCGGCACAGACGCAACAGAUGCAUUUUAUAAUCUACAUCGACAAGAAGUCCUACAAAAAUACUCGAAUCUAUGUAUCGGCACGAUCGAAGGGGAGAAAUCGCAAGUCAUCGAACAGAAUAUUGGGGAUUUGAGUGUUGUGCCAUAUGGAGAACCUACAUGGUUAACUCCACAAUUCAAGAGUCCUUAUUAUAAGGAAAGCCAUAGGAGGUUACAGAAGGCAUUGAGAAUUUUUACCGAUAAAUAUGUUACGCCCGUUGCGCAGGAAUGUGAAAAGACAGGUGCACAUAUUCCUCAACAUUUGAUUGAUCGGAUGUCGAAGGCGGGAAUCUUGCAUAUGAGAUUGGGUCCAGGAAAACAUUUAAAUGGCGUUGAACUUAUGGAUGGUGCUGUGAAAGGGGAGGAGUUCGAUUAUUUCCAUGACAUGAUUGUUUGUCAGGAGAUGGUUCGCGCCAAUGCGAGGGGCUUUGCGGAUGGUAAUAUGGUUAGUUAUCAUUAUACGUCCUCGCGAUUAAUUGCCUCGAUGUAUGACUGACGCUUGAUGUUAGGCUGGUAUGACUAUCUCCUUGACGGCAGUUCUUCAAUUUGCCAAUGAUGAGGCAUGGAAGAACAAAAUCGCCGCGGAGGUGUUCAGUGGAAAGAAGAAGAUCUGCUUGGCUAUCACAGAAGCAUUUGCUGGAUCUGAUGUUGCAGGCAUUCGAACAACUGCGGAAAAGACUAAGGAUGGAAAGCACUAUAUCGUAAAUGGUACCAAGAAAUGGAUUACCAACGGAGUAUUUUGCGAUUACUUUGUUACUGGUGUCAAGACAGGUAGCGUUACCUCUCAUAUUUUGUACUGCACCCCAUACUAAUGCACUUUCUAGAUAAGGGACUCUCUGUUAUUUUGAUCGAAAGAGGCGAAGGUGUUGAGACAACACCUAUCAAAACAUCCUAUUCUCCUACAGCUGGAACAGCCUUUAUUACUUUUGAUAACGUAAAGGUCCCAGUCGAGAAUCUUUUGGGUGUGGAAAAUAAGGGUAUACAUGUUAUUCUGAGUAACUUCAACCACGAAAGAUGGAUGAUGUCUGCUGGGGUCACUCGUAUGAUGCGCUUAGUAACAGAGGAGUGUAUUAAAUGGAGUAACCAACGACUGGUAUUUGGUAAGAAGUUGACUGAUCAACCAGUCAUCCGUCAAAAGUAAGUUUUAUUCAUAUCUAGAUAAUGCUCUCAACUGACCCUUCUAGGCUGGCUAAGAUGAUAUCUCACUGCGAGGCAAACCAAGCAUGGUUAGAAAACAUCACCUAUCAAAUGACGCUGAUGCCAUACAAACAACAAGCCACGCAUCUAGCUGGUCCAAUUGGUCUCCUUAAAAUGUUCGCUACUCGUUCAGCCCAUGAAUGUGCGGAUGAAGCUGUGCAGAUAUUUGGUGGUCGUGCACUUACACAGAGUGGUAUGGGAAGGACUAUUGAGAUGUUCCAUAGAACGUGAGUAUUAUACAUAUGCUUUGAGACUUUUAGAUGUGAAGAUCUUAUUGACACGUAAUAGGUACAAAUUCGAUGCUAUUUUGGGUGGAGCCGAGGAGGUUCUGGGUGAUCUAGGAGUAAGACAGGCGCUAAAAAAUAUGCCAAAGAGUAUGUUGUAGAUAAUUGUUACAGAUAUAUGGUAUGGAGAAAGGUAUGUCGGGAAAAGCGAGCGCCUUUGAGGUAUUCCAAGGUCGACAUUUUGGGAGCUAUGCAGCCAGGCGCAGUAUAAUCAUAUUUGUUUUAGGCUUUCGGAAUGUUCUAUUAUUGAUGAGCGAAUACAAACAUAAGAAGUACAUGACGUACUAGGUACCUAGGUAGUUAAUGUAGACAAGUUCUUGG